AUGACGUCAUUGGAAGACGUCCCGAGCACGUCUCGGCUGGAUUUCCCUCAAGGGACUUCUUCUUCUUCUACGUCUUCUAGGUGGGCAACCAGUUCAUUUAGCAACUGUUCGGGAAGAAAUAAUAAUGAAAAAUGAAGAAUUUUUCAUUGAUGUCUUGAACUUCGUUCAUUUUUUGUGUAUUUCAAGACGAUUUUUCAAAUUUUUUAGUAUUUUGAACCCUUUGAAGUCCGUUUUACAGCCAAGAUUGCGUUCCAACACACAUUCUAGUCGAGUUGACAUCCCUGGAGGAACUCACCUUUCCCACAAGUUCUUCCAAAAGAUUAAAGGUAAGAAAUCGGUGAAAGGAAGUGAAGAUAAGCGUAUUUUCAGAUUUUUUUUGCUUAUUGCUAGGAAAAUAUCUACUAGAUUUGCCAUGGGUUUUCCAUUGAUUUUUCCUCUUUCUUUUGCGUAUUUAUUAUUAAAGCACUAUUUCUUUUUUUAAUCAUUAAUUUUAUGAAAUUAUUUCAAUUAACCAAAGAAAGUUGUUGCUGAAAAAAAGUAGUUUUCAGAACUUUCUCAUUUUCUUUGAACUUUUCGGGGUUUUUGCUCGGAUGGUCCCUAGCGAGGUUAGGGAAAAAAAGCAGCCCCUACAGAGGACAAAAAAAAAGAACUCCCUAGAGGGCUAAUAUUGAAAGGAUCCCCAUAGGAGUUUGAGGUCUGACACCUGAGCUCCUGAAGAACAGGUGGCCCCUAUAUUGGGCUUUCUUUUUUCUUAAGGUUUGAAAAAAAGAUGUUUUAUAAAUACGUAUAGGAACUACUAGCACGCUCCCCUAAAGGGGCCACUUAUGCAAGCGUUUGCGCCCCCUGUAGGGAAAGGUAAGGUGGAUCUUAGUGGGGAACCUGAGCUGGCCCCUCUAGUGACCACUUUGGAAGUUCCAACAAUUUAAUGAAAAUCGGAAAGAAUGUAUUGAGAUGUUAUAUAGAAAUCAGAAAAUUUGCUGAUCUGUGAUCCAAAUCAUCGAAAAAUCAUUGAAUAAGUCACCAAUAACAUGGUUUUCAGUACACGUGUGUGGCCAGCUCUUCGAGAAACUUGAUCCUUGGCACUUCCACAGGAACUGUUUAUGUUUUUUCGCGUUAUGCGGCCAGAAAUCGGUCCAGAACCAGUUCCUCGAUUCCUGUACAAGUUUUCACCACCAAGGAUGGUCCGGUUAAUAUGGUUGGUUCAAAAAAAAAGGAGUGAUAUGGGAGAAAAAGGACCCGAAUACUAUAAACUAUGUCGCGAGCGAUAUCGCCAACGUCUUGCGCUAUGUCGCUCCUCAAAAAAUUUCUUUCAAAAACUUUUUUUUUUCUUUACUUUGAAUUGUUUCAUUUGGAAAGUCAACGAUAGAACAAAAAUUUUGUUUUGAAUAUUAAAUGUUUGACGAUGUCGCAGCAAGAUAAUUUGCUAUAUCGCUUGCGAUGUUGUCUGUGUGUAACGGGGUAAAUGCAUACACCAUUUUCUUGCCUGGAAAAGUUGGGAUCUCUCAGUUGGCCGUGAGUCCCGGCGAGGAAAUGCUGGCGAUCGGCGGCGACACGGGAAGAGUGACCGUGGCGCAGCUGCACACGGCCAUGCCGCCGACUCUCGUCUACACGGUCCCUGGCGACGCGCGCAAGCCGGACAAGGUCGGUUAAGGAAUCUCUCAAGAAGAGAAACCCUCGUUCAGGUGACGUCACUCGCUUGGUCUUCUAAUUUGAAGCAAGUUUUUUCUGGGCAUUCCAGCGGCUUGGUACAUGUUCAUCGGUUAGGGGUUAGUAUUUUCUUUCUUUCAUUUCUAGAAAGAUAUUAAAUUUCAUUGUAUGAAGAAAGAUAGAGAAAUACAAUCUUGACACAUUUUUUUUUUGGUAAUUCAUGAAUUUUUCUGCCAUAGACAUAGUCUCAACGGCCUCAAAAAGGAGAAAAUAGUUGCUGGCUUCUUUUUGAGUACCUAAAAAGAAGUCGAAAGUUCCUCUUUCCCUCCAAAAGUCAAGAAGAAAAGAAAAACAUUUUUUAGAUCUUUUCGGGUUUGGCUUUUUUUUCAAUCUUAUGAGGUUCAUAAUUUUUGAACAGAGGUUCAAUAUUUCUGAAAAAAAAACGUUCCUUGUUCGGCAGAGCGUGUUUUGAAAUAAUUAAAAUCUGAAACUCUGCCUCUUGUCAAAUUUUGAUACCAUUUUUCUAGUCCAAAACUGUCAUUUGAAGCUUUUUUGAAGCAAUUUUUCCAGAAUCGCUCAGUUUUCCGAGCGGCCAACGAGAAGCUGACGUCUUUCGAAGGCGAAGUCGUUCAGUUAGACGUUUCUGGCCAACAAUUAUUGGUCGCGACAACUUUUGCCGCAUAUCUGUAUCAUUUGGACAGUGGUGGAACUUUUCAACAGGUGAAAAUUUGAAGAAAAAAGUCUGAAAAAGCUGAAAAACUGCUGAAAAAAACGAGUAAAAAUCUAUUUUGAAAUUUUUUUUUGAUCUUUCUAGAAGCCCUUUUUUCCAUAUUUCUUCUGAUUUCGUUCAUUUUUUCUUCUAAAUUUCCUUUAAUCUUUUUUUUAGAACAAAUAACAAGCUUUUUACUAUCUGAAUUUUUUUCAUAGAAAUCUUCUAUAGUUAAAAAAUAUUAAUCGUCAUUUUACACUUUGAUAACCAUAAUAUCCACUCUUCAAAAAAAGUUUUUUUGAACCUUCCAGGUCGGCAAAAAGCCCCGGACAGGGUCCAGCCACCUGGGAGCCUGCUUCGUGAGACAAAUCGGGGCUGACGAAACCCCAAACUGUGAAUAUGUCGUCGCGGCGAGACCCAAUGGACGACUCUGGGAGGCGAAUUUGGUCGGCGUCGUUUAUAGGUUUGUUUGAAAAUAGUUUGAUCUAGAAAAUUCGAAAAAAGAGCUCAUGAGAAACAAGCAAGAACAAAAAAUAAAAAGCAAGUUAGAAAAAAAGUAAUCGUAACCAUCGAAAAGUAUAAAGAAAAAAAGUCAAAUUUGUGACGUUUUGCCUUCUGCGGCUUGUGCAAUAUGCAAUUAAAUAUAUUUUGACCGAAGUUUGUAAUUUUUCUACUUUAAAAGGAAGAUUUUGACAUUCAACGAGAAUAAACGAGUUUUUUAAGAACCCAUCAAUUCCGACAAAACAAAUGUGUCCCAAGAGCGCCGCCAAUAUCGUUUCGCGGCUCUUUCCCCUUGUCAAAUUCGGAAUUCGAAGGAAUUCAUCCGGAAAAUCAGGACGUCCUUUUCAACGUCCUCCGCAAGAUUGUCAUCGAGAGGUUUGUUUCGAAAAAUCGUUUCAAAAAAACUGAAAAUUGGGGAAUUUCGGGGUUUGUUUAGCGAAUGGCUCUUUUUCUUUUACAGAAGUUUGAAAAUUUCAUUUCACCUUACUUGAAAUUGAAGGUGAUCAACAUCAUUCAUUUAUCAUAUAAGGUUCUGAAAAAAAUAUUCCUUCUUGUAGAAUUUUUCAUUCAGAAUAAUAUUUAGUUAGGUUUUUAGAAACUCCACAAAAAAAGGUGAUUUUUUUCAUAAAUUUUGAGCUUUUUUUCCUGUUAUAAAUAUAUACUCUUUUUUUAAAUUUAUCGUUCAAAAAAAUAUUAGCUCGACUCUUAAUUUUUUUCAAAAAAAUUUGAAUUUAAAAAGUUGAAAAUUUCAGUAAACCUUUUUCUUGAAGUUUUUCGAGUUUUGGUUUUUUUGUAUCAAAAUUUUCUCUAAAGUCAUUAAUUUUGAGGUAGCACAUCUUUUUUGAAAAAUAUUUUUCACGAAAUAUCGUCAUUUUUUCCACUUUAAAUCGUGUUUUUCUAGCCACACCUACAUUGUCAGCGCAUUCGGAAGCCGUAUUUUGAUAGUCGAUCCGGAAACUUCGCGGAUCGUUAUCGUUAGUGAACUCGAUUCAGGUAAAUUCAUCUUUUUUUGUUCAUCUGUUCAACGAAAAAAAUCAGAGAGACCUCUCAAUGACAUGAAAAAAAUCAAAAAAAGUGUUAAAAAAAGAUUCUUUUUGAAUAAUUUUUUUAUCGUUUUUUUCAAUGUAUUUUUUUCUUGAAGCGUUUUUUAGCCUUUAUUUCAAAACUUUUGCAUCGUCUUGAAAAUGUUACAAAAGUCGAAAAAAGAGUUGAAGAGGUCUUUUUUGGGAACUAAUUUGAUGACUUCUGACCGAAAAUUCAACCUCAAUUUACUUCAGAAAUAUUGGACGUCUGUACGUCGGCCAAUGACAUUUUCAUCCUUUUCUCGGGCUCGAUCGGCUUGAGGAAAUUCAGUCUUUUCGAUCGGAGCAAAGCGGUUGAGAAGAUGCAUUUCAAGUCGUUGUUCGUCCAGGUUUCAGAAGUUUCUGUUCUUAUUUCACACGUUUUUGAGUGAUUUCAAUAAUAGAAUGAAUAAUCGUUAUGAAAAUAUUACCUUUCCGUGUUUUUUUUCAUUUCACUUUUUUUGCCUAUUUUCUAAAUUUUAAAAACUUUUACAUUCAAUUCAUGACCUCAAAAAAAUUAAUAAUAAUAGUUUUCUCCUAAGAUUUAGAUUGAUACCUAUUUUAAAAAAAUAUGAGAAAAAAAAGAAAAAUUAUUUUCGUAACUGAAGAUUUUUGUCAGGUAAAAACCGGAAAUCAAACACCUUUUUCGAAUUUUUCUCUUUAAAACACCAAAUUGACCUUUUUACCAACAAAUAUUUUUUUUUGCUAUUAGUUUGACCUUUUGGUCUCUUUUAGCGUUUCCGUCAACUUGAUGGAUCAAUUUUUGAAUUGUCAAAAAUUACAGUGUGCUCAAUUUAUGAUGUUUUGUUCGCCGGGGACAAGUUUUCAACAGGAAGCGAUUGUGAAAACCUGCGAGGGACUGGCCUCUCUGAGCAAAAAAAGGUUUGAAAAAGUUGUCUUUUGAGGGACAUUUUCAAGAGAAUUUUUUUCGUGAAACUUUAAAGAAAAAAAUCUAGAUAGAUUUUUUUGAUCAAAAUUUAAAAAAAGGGUUGAAAGUUUUUUUCGUUUGUUUUUAAAAAUACAUCUUCUCUCGAUUUUUUUCAAUGUAAUCCAUUCAUUGGUGCUUUUUUUCAAGACGUAUAAGCGUUUUAUUAGCUUUUUUUUUCAAUAUUUUAAUUUAGUAAAAUCGAGGAGUAAUUUGAAAACACCUCUAAAAAAAUCUUGUAAUAUUUUCUCAGAUUUCUAUUUUUUUUUUUCCAGAAAGAAACCGAACGAUUACAAGCUGGCCUCUCGAAAUUGUUGGCCGAAAAUGAUGAAAAGAAUAUGAAACGGUCGGAGUAUGACAACUUGGAUAAGAAUGGUUCGAUCCUGGUUAUUUCUAUGUAUUUUUAUCGAUUUUUUCAGUUUCGGAGCCUUCACCACCCCCUCCAACUUCUCAAAAAUUGUCUUCUGGUGUCCAUAAGGUUAUUAAAAAAACAAUGUUAAUAGUAAUAAUAACUAUGCAGGUGCUGAACACGGUCCACGAAAGUGGCUAUGAAGACGAUUUCACGUUCAAUGCGCCGAAUCUUCUGCGGGAGAGAAGUCGGAGUAGUCCGGGAGCCUGUUCUGACGAUCAAAGGUGAUUAAAAAAGAUGAAAAAAAGUGUCGAUUCUGGUUUUAUCUUUGAAGUUUGAUCCAAGAUCAGAAAUCCCCCCUUUUUGUACGAAAUUAACGCCGAUUUAUCAAUUUUAGUUCAAUUUCCAAUCUGUAUUUUUUCACAGAAAUCUCGUUUCUCCCGACUCUCCAAUGAUCAAACGCGCUUCGAUUCCCUUGACCAUCGUCGAGGCCAGAGAAUCUACCAAAAACGGAACUCCUGACGUCGUCGAAGAGGACAUCCUCCACAGAGCCCGCCAGAUUUUGGUAUGUCGCGGAAAAAAAACGGGUCUCAAAGCGAAAAUUAUUAUGGUUUUUGGCAGGGGUAAACUACCCGAGCCCAUAUGCAAUAAAGUGGAAAAUAAUUUUCCCCCAUUUUUCUGAAAAAAAAGGCGCAUACACAGCAGGGUUGCACGGAAUUCCGUUACCCGUCUUCCGCAUAAGUUUCUCUUCCUUAACCCGUGUUCCGUCUUCCUUCCUUAAAUCAUAGUUUUGUUCCGUAACCCGUCUUCCUUCUUCCUUUUUAAAAUGUUUCACUUCCGCGCAACCCUGAUACACAGAGACAUGCUGUGCGUUCCGAAGCGCAGGAUUCUGUAGGAAAAUAAAAUUGUGACAAGCUGCCGGGAAAUGGACUAUCCACAUCAUCCGCCUUUCUGCGUUGUCAUAAUGUAGAAACGCGAGGUUUUAAUUGGGUAGAAAACGUUUUCACGAUAAUAGGUGAUUCGAAGCAACUUUUGUACUCAGGAAAGUUGCGAAAAAAUAAAUUGGAACUUUGUUUUGCCAAAAACGGAACUCCUGACGUCGUCGAAGAGGAUAUCCUCCACAGAGCCCGCCAGAUUUUGGUAUGUCGCGGAAAAAAAACGGGUCUCAAAGCGAAAAUUAUUAUGGUUUUUGGCAGGGGUAAACUACCCGAAAAAAAAAACGAUUUGAAUGAAAAUUACAGGAAUCCGACGGAAAGUUGGUUGAAAAGGAAAGUUUGAAGUUUCUUCUCCAGCUGGAAGACGUCAACCGGGACGAGAUACGUUUCACGCCGACGGUAUUUAUUCCUUCUUUAUCUCGCAAAACGAUUAGUCCUCUUGGUCUCCCAUCUUAUAAAUUCUACCCUUCUUAGCCAUUGGAGAUUUGAGAAAUAUGAAGGGUUUUCAAAAAGUUCCUAUUUUUCUUUGCACAAGACUAAAGAUUACUUUUUGAAAAAGAAGUCGGGGAUUUUUUCGUGUCACCGGAGAAUGUUUUGUUUUUCUAAUUUCGAUAUUCCCGUGUUCAAAACCUUGAGAGAAUCCUUCCAGGUGACGAUCGGAAACGCGGCCAAAGCCCUGGCCGAACUGGCGAUGACCGGCCCGAUCGAUGUGUCGACAAUCUUCGAAGAUGCCACCCGGGGCGGCGAAAAACUCGCCGAAAAACCCAAUUCGAAUCGUCCCGAAAUUGGAAAACGCGCCCGAAUCGUCAAAGUUGUUCAGCCGGGCGUUAGGGUCAUUUUUUUUAUCCACCAAAAUUUGAAAAAAAUGUGCUAAAAGGAUUUAUUAAGGCAAUUACUUUCAAUACUAUCGUUUGAAUUUUUUUCGCAUUCAUUAAAGUUGUGAUUCAUUUGGUUCUUUCUUCCAGAAACAUUUUGAUGAGACAAUUUUCGAGUAAAACCAUUAUUUUCAGCCCCGUGCUCCUCUCAACGCUGCCAAGGACAAAGACAAUCAAAAUAUCGUCCUUCCCAGCGUCCGAGACGGUUCCAAUAACGUUCUGCACAACACGAGAGGUUUAUUUUCAAAAAAAAAGUAUUUUGCAAAGUCAGGGAUUUUUUCUUGGUAUCAGAGAACAUUUUUCUGAACUUUCUUUCGAAAAUUGCUCGAAGGGUUUUUUCACGAAGUAGUAAAAUACAGAGUGAUCUUUUAAGUGGCAUGAUUUGUCGUUGAAACAGCUUAUAUCCGAAAAUAUUUCAAUGAAAAGUUUUUUUGCUUGAUUUUUUUAUGCUUUGUUGAAAUUGAUAAACUUUAAAUUCGAAAAAGAUCUCUGAAUCUCUUAAAAAGAAGCUAUUUUUUUCCACUCUUUGACGGUUUUAAGUGAGAUAACUUCUCCUUUUUUUCGGAAAGGAAAUGCGCAUCAAUUUUUGUUUUUUUUUUUUUUGCAACCCUUUUCGGCUGCCGGAAAAGAUUGGAUUCCAGAAAUAAUCGGUCAUGACGGUUUCCUUGAAGAAGACGAUGAAACGAGAAGAUUACGCGAUGAAAUGUGGCUCGAUUUGAGGCUUUCUCAAAUUUCCAGGGGUCAGUUUUGUGAAAUUUGACAAAGAAUAUGAAAAAUCACGAAAAAAAGAAAAAGAAAUCAAAGAUGUAAAAAUGAAAAAAAUACCCUUGGAUUUGAAUUUUCAUGAAUAAAAAAAGUCAAAAAAAGUCGCGCUAUGACAUCCCUGUUAAAAAGUGGCCUGAUUCCCGUAUGCAUUCGAAAUAAGAUCCGAUAACUUGAUAUUAAUUUCAUCAAAAAAAUAAAAAAAUGUCUAGUUUUUAGAAAGAAAUGACGAAGAAGAAACGGGAACUUUGAAACAGUCGGACACGGGCUGCACUUUGGCUACAGAAACCUCCUCCCCCAGUCGGGAUACUACCAUUGCUGAGGAAUUGUUCGUUUUUUACAAAGAAAAACAUGAAGAUAUUAUAGAAAUGAUUUUAGAAAAAAACCAUUGAUAGUAUUCUGCGAAUUUUAGAAUUUUUUUCAUAAAGGAAACAAAUACUAAUCACAAUAUUUUUAUUAAGAUUGCUGAGGAGUUUUUGUUUUUGAAAAGGCUAUGAACAUAAGAGUUCUCUUAAAAAGCUUUUCUGAAGAAAAAAAAAGAAUUUCCAAUCUCAGGAAAACUUUAGUUUAGGAAAGUUCGGAUGUAAGGUUUGCGGUAUUAGAAAAUGGUCUUCCGAUGAUGAGAAUGUAGAAAUAUUUUUUUCAUAUAAACAUAUCAAUUAAUUUCAUUUUUGUAAAGAUCGAUCGAUGAAGAAGUCACGCCGACGCUGGACUAUCCAAUCGUUUCUAAAGCUCAUUGCCGCAGCUGCGGAAUGCACAGGUUUGCUUUGAAUUACGAACAGUAUCGUUCAUUGAGAAAGUUACCGUUUCUUUUUCGGUGUAUUUAGUUUCAAAAGCUGAUUUCAAUAAAAUAUUCAGAAGUUGGACGGCCCUGGCUCUUCUCAGUACUUUCUGCACCCGCGCGGUGAUUAUCAAAGACGAUUUCGGCGAUGGCGGAGUUCCUUCGACGGUCGAUGACUGGACCAAAAUCCUGAAACACGUCGCGUAUCGCGAAAAUCCGGUCGAUUUGCGCGAAAUCUGCCCUCGUUGUGAAAUGACCGUCGGUGGCAUUUCCAGGAUCGCUGGUGGGUUUUGAGUGGAAAAAUCUGUUCAGAAUUAUUUUUUAUUGAGAAGUAGAGGCUUGUUUUUUACACGAAAAACUGAUCUUAAUAAUUUAAGGCACUCGAAAAUCGGCUUUUGUUCCGGAAGGAACUCGUCCUAAUAUUGAUAAGGUUGGUUUCAAACGAUGCUUUUCGAAAUCGCAGAAAUUUCUUUUCUCUUCAAAUUUUCGAUCUUUCUUUUUCAGAUCCAUGAACGUUGUACGAAUAUUUCGGAAGAUCGGCUCGAUUUAAUCAUUUGUCCGCAUCCGAGGGAAUCUUCUCGCCCAGCUUCUGCAGGUAAAAAGUUUAGAAAACUUAAACAUUACUUUUCAAAAAUUUAGAAGUAUGUUUUCUAAUGAUCGCAAAAAUUGAGUUAAAUGUGGAACUUUACUAAAAUUUAUUAAUUUUUUUCCUUUUUAGGUGAAAAACGUAUUGAAAAAAAUUCGACGGAACGUUCCACGACCAAUGGGAAUCGCUCAAACGACGCGAUUUCCGUUGAAAUCGAGUCGAAUUUCGGGCAAUCGACGGCUUGGAAGUGGAUAUGCGCUGUUGAACUCCAUGUGGUACUCGGGAAUUCCCCAGAAAAUCGAUAACUUUGUCCCGUUUUGAGAUAUUAGCCUUGGCGUCGGUUGUGCUCGGCUCGAAGGAAGUUCUGGGGAUUGUUAGGAAAAACGAGGCGGCGGUCGGGAAAAGGAUGAAAUCGAUUGAUUGGGCCUUUCUCGUGGCCAUGUGUUGCCGGGAACAGACCCUGAGAAGGAAUCCGAUCACUGCCAAGGUGAAAAAUGAGAGAAAGGGUUCAAGUUGUUAGAAAAAUAACAAAAAGUUUGUUUCUUGAUUAAAGGGGACAAAUUAGAGCUCCCUAAAGAGCUAAGGUUUAGAUAGUUUCCUAUAGGGUCUGACUCCUCAGCCCCUAUAGCUUUAGUGGUUUCUAUAGGGAUCUUAAUUUUUCCUCCUUAAAAAGACAUAUAGGGACCGCUAGUAUGCUCUCCUAGAGUGGCCACUUUUGCAAGCUUGAUGCCCCCUGUAGUGGGAAAAAAGGUGGUCUCUUGGGGGGAACCUACAAAAGCCCUAAGUUUGCCCCUCUAGUGACCACUCUGGCCCUCCUGAGCAUUUAAUCUUAUCACCAUAUGGUUUAAUAAAUAUAUAUUACAAUUAAGGCGAUGAUGAACGUUUUGAAAGAAGAAGGAGCGGCUGAUUGGGUGGUUGCCAGCAGUGAAGAGCCAAAAACGCCGCGAGCCCCGAUGCUACGAAAUCCGCACAUCUCGGCGAUGCAAAGUUGGAUCGUCGAUGCGAACGGGUUUGAAGUGACACGGAAACUGUAACUUACGGUUUUUUCGCUGCAGGAAAUGUCCCAUCUGUACGCUUCCCAUCAAAACUGUGGUUGGUGGAAAGGACUCCGGCGUGGCCGCCUUCAUGUGUGGUGGGUUUGGAUGUUUCCGAUCAGAUAUAGUCCAUUCAUUGCCAGCUUUUCGCGACUUUUAUUUUAGUCCGAGCUACGGUACCCUUCUGGGAAGCUUCUUUUCGUGACGCCAGACUUUCCUCUGUGUAUGCGCCUUUGAUAUAAACGGAAAUUUUAGGGUAAAAAAAGGAGCAUGCACAGAGAGAGGCGUGCCUAUGCAAGGGCUCUAUAGCUCGAAGAAAUUCAGUGGAAGAAACUGAGAAGAAAAAAAUUUUUGAAAUAUGUGGAAUUUCUAUUAAAAGAGAUGAAGCUUUUUACUAACCAGGGAGCGUUUUAACCCCCUCUCUCGUUUCCGAGCUUCAAAGUGUGAAAAAAAUAAAAAAAUUAGACCAAAAAAAGAGCUAUUUCGAGCUUUUUGAAGUGUCCUAACUCGAAAACGAGAUCUAUUGCGAGAAUUUUUCUUUUCGUUCUGAAAUCAGGAGGUCCUAAAGUACACUUCAGCAAAGUUUCAGCUAAAGUUCAACCAAGGGCUAAAAACCGUUCCUUAGUUAGGGAAAUCAGAAAAACGAUUCCUGAUGUCCGCGACUUCUUUUUCAAAAAGUAAUCUUUAGUCUUGUGCAAAGAAAAAUAGGAAUUUUUUUGAAAAACCCUUCAUAUUUCUUAAAUCUCCAAUGGCUAAGAAAUGUAGAAUUUAUAAGAUGGGAGACCAAGAGGACUAAUCGUUUUGCGAGAGAAAGAAGGAAUAAAUACCGUCGGCGUGAAACGUAUCUCGUCCCGGUUGACGUCUUCCAGCUGGAGAAGAAACUUCAAACUCUCCUUUUCUAAAAAAAAAAGCUUUAAAAAAAGUUUUAAAAAAGUUUAAAAAAAAAGUAAAAAAAAUAAACCAAAAGAGAGCGAAAUAAAAAUGUCAAACUUUAAUUGUGAACUUGAAAAUUUUAAAAUUUAUAUUCCCGCCUCAUAAUAAUCUUUAAAAAAUUCCUUCUUUUUACACACUUCGUUCACCGCUAGUUUGUAAAAAAGGAACUACAGAGAUGUCUAAAUCUCUCCUUUCCGCAUGCUAAUUGAUAUUCCUCAAGAGCCCUCAUUAAUUAUCGUCAGAAGGGGUUUAUCGAUUUUUAUCCCAUUCUCAAAAGCAAGAAUUUGAGGAGGUUGUUCACAUGAAAAUUGUUGGAAAGUCAGAUCAUGAUUGAAAUUCAUAUUUCACAGGCGAAGUCCCCUUUUAAGGCCUUAAAAAUUAAGUCUAGAGCUCUCUUUUAGUUCCUAAAAUGGUGUCAAACGGUUCUCGGAAUCUCCUUUUUCCCCUUUUAUUAUCUAUUUCUUAUUCCUUCAUUUCUACAUACUCAACAAAAGUCCUUUUUAAAAAGAAGAUCAAGAAAAAAAUAGUCUUUGAAGCUAUUUUCCAAAGGUCCUUUUAUGGUCCUUCUGGACUUUGCCCGUGUUUUGCGAAAGUACGUUUUCAGUUCAAUAUAAAUUCCGUUUGUUUUUGGUUCAAACUUUCUCAUCAACUAAAAAUAAAUGACCUUGGCUUGAAAAAUAGGAAAAAAACAAAUUUUAUCUUAAGACUAGUCUGGUCUGCUCCAUUAAACAAAACAAGACGAGAUAUUUGGAGCGAAGUACGGAUUUCUGCGCGUUUGCAGGUCACGUGUACCACGACAUUUGUAUGGCAGGCCGCACGGGGUGCAUCGCGUGCAGGGUCCGCGCCCGGAGAGCUUCCCGGGCCGCCGUCGGGCAGCCGACCCCCGCCGGUUCCCAUGCCGUUGUCCCUUCUUUCUGA